AGGAAGAGGAUGCUGAGGAGGCGCCAGAAUUUCAGGUGUCUGGGAAAAUUGGAGCAAAGAAGCAGAGGAAAUUAGAAGAGAAACAAGCCAGGAGAGCGCAGAGAGAGGAAGAGGAAAAAAGGAAGGCAAAGGAAGAGGAGGAGAAGAGAGAAUAUGAAGAGUACCUGAAGCUGAAGGAGAGUUUUGUGGUUGAAGAGGAAGGGGUUGAAGAGUCAAUGACAGAGGAGCAGUCUCGCAGCUUUCUCAUGGAAUUCCUGGAAUAUGUUAAGAAAACAAAAGUUAUCCAGCUGGAGGACAUGGCUUCACAUCUGGGUUUAAGGACACAGGAUGCAAUUAACAGAAUCCAGGACCUGAUGGCAGAUGGCACCCUGACAGGUGUGAUUGAUGACCGGGGAAAGUUCAUCUACAUCACAGCAGAGGAGAUGGCAGCCGUGGCCCAGUACAUCAGGCAGCGAGGCCGAGUGUCCAUUGCAGAGCUGGCCCAGGCCAGCAACUCCCUCAUCAACCUGCAGCCUGACAGCAGAGCUGUGGCUCCCACCCUGGCCUGAGACACACACACUGCACGAGUUGAAGCUCUUAAUGAGUAAAGCACAUAAUUAAAGGCAAAUGAGAAGUUCCCAGGGCCAUUGGGGGUGCCUGAAGGUAGGAUGAUGCUCUUCUGAAGCACCAGCUGCAAACUAAAAAGUUUUGCUUUUCCUUCUAUUAGAACUGCUGUUAAAUGGUAAAAAUUGAUUGUACAAGAGGCUGGCCAGGAGCUCAAACACUGGUGCACCUGUAGCCAACAAGAUCAGUAAUUUAUCCCCUGGCAGCCAGUCUCAUGUUGCUAUAAACAAAUUUAUUGUUGUUUGCAGAUUCUGAUGUCUGUAUCAAAUUAUUUGGGGUUGUUUGCAUUCAGGAUUCUCCAGGCUUGCUCUGCACGGUGGAGCUGUUUAACUUUGUGGUGGACACAGCAUUUGCUGCUUUACCCAGAUUGGAAGGAAAGAGUAAAAAAAAGAAAAUACAAAAAGUGUGUCUUUGUUCUUGCUGAAAUACAUCCUGAAACCCUGGAAAGAAUGGAUGCUCUGUUCAAAAUUCCAGGGGCUAUUUCAGGAACCCUUUGCUAUACAAAUAUGUUUUCCUUGGUUUAUGUAACAUGAGAAGUUUGCUUGCAGACAAGCUGCAUCAUUUCCCCGUGGCCAAGAGACAGAAACCCCUCCAGGGAAGGGCUGAGUGGGCUCAUUUAUUUAUUUAUUGUGCAGGCCAGUGCUGCUGAUACCAACCAGAUCCUGGUGAUUCAUCCUUUGAAGUCAGAGCCAGCUCAGAGUGUCUGAAGGCCUCAGACACCCCCACCCCUUGGCCUCUGUGUGCUGCAGGUCUGGGGGCUUUUAAAUAAAAACUUCAGGCACUCUGAGUCAUGCAAUUAAUGUUCCAAGUUGAUUAUUAUUAAUGUGUUAAUUGUAUGGGUCAGUGUAUUUCCUGCAUAAAAAUUUUUUUUUUUCAAUCAUUCAUUUAUUCUCCUUUCUGAAGUCAGCAGAAUUUAUGUGGAUGAACAGUAACUGGGGAGGACAAGAGGUUUUGUCCCUGCCAAAUUUAGAGGUAACUUGUGCAGACUAAAAGCCACCUUAUCAGUGGGAUGAGACAGCAAUAAAACAAUGGAAGGAAACAUUUCCUUUUCAUCUCUGCACUGCUGCUGGGUGUCAGAGUGCAGGAGAGUGGAGUUCCACCGGCACCACGUGCUGUGAAAGAUCAGCACAUCCUGAGUGCUCUGCAACCACAGCCAGCAAAGAGAUUUUUUAACAUUUGAGGCUUCUAAAGUCUCUUUCUUAAGGAUUGCAUAUUAAAUUUUAAAAAAAUAUUUGGGUUUGCCAUUAUUUUUUGUUCUGUCUUAAACUGUUCUUGUAAUAAAAUUGACGAUAUUGAAAGAA